AUGUCACUUGCAAUUCGAAACGCACGAAAACGCGAAUAUCUACAGGACGAUGAAGAGGCCUAUCAUGAGCAAGGGAUUAAAUUCUCGCGAAUCGACGAUUACGAAAGACAUAUCAACAGUCAAUCCAUCUCACCGCCAGUAAACGAUUCGGGACUUGGAACGUCGCUUUGUUCGAUCCCUUCACCACCAAUUCUUCUCAUUCAUCAGCCUCAUCUAUCUCUAUCCGCUUUCCUCCCACCGCCAUCCGAAUUUUGUCGCGUUGUUGGACGUCUUUCGCUCAGCGGAUUGCCACGGAAAUACGGGGUGACUGUGGAAGAGAUUAAACGCCGAGUUGGUCCACCAGAAUGCCUAAAUUCUUCGGUGCUUACUGGAAUCCUCAGAAAGGCCAAAUUGUCGGGCAAGAGUCGAUCGCUGAGAGAUGAGAUGGCUGAACGAGGGAUUGAUCUCAAGUUGGGUCGCAAGAAGCAAACAACUACGACAGCAUUUACAGCUCUUGUGGAAGAAGAAUCGGUGACUUUGGCGCAAGAUAUGGACGGUGUCACGCAAGAACACUAUCCGAUCAAUCAUUUCGCUGCACAUUUGCAAGCAAGAGCAAUCGCAACUUGUCAAUCACCCGAAGAAAUCGAGAUCUACAAGAGAGACUUGCUUGGAUUCAUGAAAAUCUUCUCCUUUGUCGACAUCGAGCUUCAGGGAUUCGAGUCUCCGCUUUGCGACCUCCAACCACAACCCAAUGAAAACACCGAGUUGCAACAGGGAUUCGAUAACUACAGCUUGUUGACUCAUGGCUUUGGUUCGUUCAACUCUCGCACCUGGAUGAGAACGUUUUUGCAGAUUGCUUGCUCAACGAUGAAUCUGAUGGACCCGGUGACGGGACAGUCGAAUUCUUUCCCAGCUGCACAAGCCCCAAUUCAACUCACUUCUCCACAGCUACAGCAGUAUACGCCGCAAAUUGCACAGCUUCCCCCACUUCCGCCAUUGCCUCAAUUGUGCGAUCCAUCUCAGCCGUCAUCCUCUUCAUCUCCAUCGCCAUUCUACCUCUCUCCACUAGCUUUCCCACCACCACCUCAAUUUCAUCACGGAAUGUACAAUCUCUACCAACCGUCAUUUUUGCCUCCACAUCUUCUCCCAUCAGCCGAUGAAUUGAUUCAAUCGAAUUGCAUCUCUUCUUCGUCUUCAAACGACUUUCAACCAUCAAUGCCAGCCAUCAACGAUUGGAGCAAAGUGUUGACCCCGCUCAAU